AUGGCGACAGAGUUCCAUAACCUCCAAGAGUUGAGGCACAGUGCAUCUCUGGCCAACAAGGUGUUCCUGCAGAGAGACUACAGUGAAGGGACCACCUGCCGCUUCCAGACCAAGUUCCCUUCUGAGCUGGAGAGCAGGAUUGAGCGGCCGUUGUUUGAGGACACAGUGAAGAGGUUGAAUAUCUACUAUGCGGAGGCAGAGAAGAUGGGAGGCCAGUCCUACCUGGAGGGAUGUCUGGCCUGCGCUACAGCCUACCUCAUCUUCCUCUGUAUGGAGACACGCUAUGAGAAGGUGUUGAAGAAGAUAGGCGGGUACAUCCAGGAGCAGAAUGAGAAGAUCUACGCCCCCCGAGGUCUACUCAUCACUGACCCCAUCGAGAGGGGCAUGAGGGUCAUAGAGAUCUCGAUCUAUGAGGACCGAGGCUCCAGUGGCUCCUGCUCAGGCUCCAGCUCUACGUCCGGCAGCAGUGCUCGGUGA